CUUUCAGAAUUUCAUUUUUCGCAUUAGUUUUCAUUUGAUGGUCUCUGUCUGUAUGCAAUUAAAGGAAUCAAUGGCACUCACAAAAAAGGUUAGCAACCAUAUACCUCAUGAUCUUUCUUUUGAUAUUGUAUCCAAAUUGCCUUUGAAAUCUUUGAAGCGAUUUACAUGUGUAUGUAAAUUUUGGGCUAAUUUAUUUGAAAAUCCUCAAUUCAUGAGCGUGUACCGCAACAAUUUUUUCUUAUCAAGAUCUAGAUAUGACGAUCAUCAAAAUUCACGCCUCCUCCUUAAGGUGACUCCUGCAUACGGCUAUGGUCGUGUUGAUAAAAUGUUUUUGCUUUCUGGUGAUACAUUUGAGAAUAGCGUCAAGUUAGAUUGGCCACCUCUAUUUGAAGAAGAUUCCAAAGCUAUCUUUAUAGUUGGUUCCGUUGUUAAUGGCAUACUUUGUCUUUGUCAAGGAGAUAUCGAGGAGGAUGAUGAUCCAAGUGAUGAGUCUGUAUGGCAGAUAUAUAGCCUAAAAAGUAACAGUUGGAGGGAUCUUGAAGUUGAAAUGCCAAAUCAUACUUGGACUGACCAGUGGCAAAACGCCGGUAAAUCGGUGUAUUGCCAAGGGAUGUGCCAUUGGUGGGGAUAUGAAGAUUACGACGGGGAUGAGGUGUUGGUAUCAUUUAACUUGAGUGAUGAGGUCUUCAUUACAACACCCUUCAACUAUAAUUGGGGUAGAUUUUUUAAACAUAUGGUGGUGUUGAAAGAGUUCAUUGCUAUGAUUGAGUAUGAAGACGAUCCAUUUUAUUUUUUCAUAUCAAUUUUGGGUGAAAUUGGUGUCGCGGAAUCUUGGACAAGGCUUUUUAAAAUCGGACCCUUAUAUGGCGUGGAAGAACCUAUUGGAGUUGGAAAGAAUGCUGAUAUAUUUUACAUGAAGAAGGACGAAGAAGUUGCAAGGUUUGACUUAAAUACUGAGGUGAUUGAAGAUAUUAGGGUUAAAGGAAGGUAUAAAUGUUGUCAGACGGUUAUUUAUAAUGAAAGCCUUCUUCCAAUUGAAGGAAUGCAUGGUUGAUUAUUUUCAUUAGCAUAUAGCUUUACCUAAGAGGUUGAAGAGUAUGGAUAUUAGGAAUAGAUGAGUGUUAUGAUUUCUUUAUAUAUAAUAAAUGGAUUGUAAACUACCCAUGUCAUAUUUUGUUAAAUGUGUAUCGUUUAUUAAAUAAAUAGCCCAUGUUUCAGAAACUUUAGAUAAUUUUAAGAGUGAAAAAUCACUCUUUUAUAUUUUGAUUACAAAAAUUAAGCAUAUUUCA